AUGGCCCAGCUCUCCCACACUUGGGAAGUCAGAGACCCUUAUCCGCCCCAAGCCAGCGACAGGGAGCCUGCCAUUACCCUGCCUUCUCUGCAAGUGGUCCCAGGUGCUCUUGAUCCCACCCCCAAGGCUUUCAUCCCUCCCUUCUCUUCAGUUCAGUUCAGCCGCCCAGUCGUGUCCGACUCUUUGCGACCCUGUGGAUUGCAGCAUGCCAGGCUUCCCUGUCCAUCACCAACUCCCGGAGCCUACUUUGAUGCCUCCUUUAAAUCUUUGUGCCCAUCCCAGGCAUCCUCCUCCGUCCCGCCUCAUGCCCAGCCUCCACCGCCCCCCAAAUAA